AUGCACGCAUGACACCGGAAGCGGAAGCGCCUGGGCAGUUCCGGCGGAAGUGGCCGUCGUCCGGGGAGACGCAGCGCUGUGGAGGGAAUGUGGCGGCUAGUGGUGCUGCUGCUGGCCGGGCUCGGCCGGGCCCUGCCGGAGGAUGAGGGGGUGGUGACGGAGCCGGGCGCCGGCGGUUCCGGACCGAUCAGCGGCGAAGCGGUGCGGUACCGGACGGCGGAGAUGGCUGACGCGAUGCUGGGCAGCGGACCGCCGGGCCGGCCGCCCGUGAUGCUCUCAGCGGUGCCGGGAGAGGCGAGAGAAGGGCGGGAAGCGGAGGUUUGCGAGGCGGCGGCCGGCGGAGGGGAGUGCGGCGCUGGGAGCGGGCCCGGGGCUCCUCCCGCCGCGCCCGGAGCGGCCGUCGUGCUGGAGACUGUGCUCCCCGCGGGCGAGGAGCCCAACGGCACUGCCGAGAGCGUGAAGGCCCCCAAGGUGAGCUGCGAGGAGAGAAAUGUUACCGGUAUCAGCAACUUCACGGUGCAGAUCCUGAACGUGUCCCAGGAUCUGAUGGAGUUCUUAAACCCUAACAGCAGUGACUGUACGUUGGUCCUGUUCUAUACGCCAUGGUGCCGCUUCUCCGUAAGCCUGGCACCUCAUUUCAAUUCCUUACCUCGAGCGUUUCCCAUUCUUCGCUUCCUGGCACUGGAUGCAUCACAGCACAGCAGCUUAUCAACUCGGUUUGGAACUGUAGCUGUCCCCAAUAUCCUCCUUUUCCAAGGUGCUAAACCUAUGGCUAGAUUUAAUCAUACAGACAGAACGCUGGAAACACUGAAAGACUUCAUUUUUAAUCAAACAGGCAUAGAGGCUAAAAAUGGUGUGACUGUGACAGAGGAAGACUGGAAGGGGCCUCUGCCCAGCGUUCUGACAAAAGGAGUAGACUGGCUGCUCGUGUUUUCCGUGCUCUUCCUGGCCAGCUUUAUCAUGUAUGCUACCGUUCGGACUGAGAGCAUUCGGUGGCUGAUCCCAGGGCAAGAGCACGAACACCAGGAGUGAUUGGAGGUGCUGAAGCAGGGACACAGUUUGCAGUGUGUGAAGCAGGUUUCGUGUGGAGUGGAAGUACUUAAGAAUGAACCGUUGAAUUUGUUGGUUGUCAUUUAUAGUGUUGAUGGAAAACCAGCUUUGUUUACUAACUACUGAGUUUUUAUAAAGCGAACUGAGGCAAAAAAAAGUGGUGAGUAAACUACUGUGGAGAAACACGAACUAAAUAAGUAUUUAUUAAAGUGCUCUGACCUGUUUGCUUUUCGUGGACCUUAA